AUGACAAAUCCAUCGUUAUCCCCUUCUACACCAAACGCCACUUCCUUGCCAUCCUCCGCAGCAAAACAAGAGUGGAUUUUUAUUGACGAAUCAAAUACCAUCAAUUCACCUCCUAUUCAACCCUUAAAUCCUCAUCCUGCACCUGAUCCCGAAAUAUUUAAAAAGAUUGUUGUGCCAUUUCCACCAAAGAUAAAUCCACCGGAUCUAAUUCGACGCAAUAAGAAGAACGGUGAACUGCUCUCACGCGCUACCAACAAGUUCUUAAUAUACCGAAAUGAAUUCUCAAAGGAAUUAUCGAAACAAUUGGAAUCUUGUGGUUGCAGUAAGUUGUCAAUGCGCGACGUUUCCCGCAUGGCGGCCAUGGCAUGGAAAAAUGAGCCAAGGAGGGUCAAGAGGAAGUAUGAAGACAUCGCCAGAGAAGUUGAAACGAUUCAUGUGAAAUUAUUAAUAUCAAGUCCCAGCUAUCAGAGUUGGGGCGAAACAUAUUUAAACAAUCAAAACGAUGUCGCCAACAAGAAAGAUAAUGGUUGCACUGGGUCGACAUCAACAAAUGCUUCUGUGAAGUCAUCUUCGGUGCCUGUCUCCGUUCCUUCGGUGGCUACACAGCACCAUCACCACCGUAAUAAUCCUUCGACCAACGUCAGGUACGCACCAUAUAAUCCCGCACUCGCUCCGCAUGCCACGGUUCGUUCUCAGCAACAUGCCAUCACCUCGUCCGCUCAACAGUCUCCAACCACUGAUUCGAAUCCUACCUCGGCUUCCGUUCCCGCUCACGGUGCCAAUCAUCACAACCCCAACAAUCCUCAUUUUCUACAAUACGAAUAUUUCCCACAGCUUGGUCAGGAGGUUCACCACAACACUCCAAGCACACUAAUGAGCAAUUCUCCCUUGAUGCCAAAUUUAAAUUCUUCAUCGUUACCAAGAUUCAGUAACAUAACGUUGGGAUUGCCAAUUUUAUCAACCUCUGAUACAGACGAUUCGGGCAUGUUCAGUAAUGAAUCAUCGAUCGGUAAUUCUUUAAAUAAUUCUCCGGUAAAUUUCUCUUGCGAGUUGCCGGAAUGGCAACAAUACUAA